AUGAAUCGUGUUCAACAAUAUCCGUAUCGAGUACCAUCACCAAUCAAUGUUCAAACGAAUGCUCCUAAUUCUGCAAUUGAUUCAUCACUUUCUCAAACCAAUUUACCUUUCGAGCAACGUCCAAAUCAACGACAAACUAAUGACGAUGCUUUUCAAACAUUACUUCAAUCGAUGCGUGAUGUUGCUAAUUCUCAAUCAGGACAAAUUCCAUUCGAUAGUUCAGCAUACGUGUUGAUUUUGAAUGCCUUAACAAGUCAACCAUUAAAUAAUGCUGCUUUUGAUGAAGAAUCACCAUCAAAUGAUAAUAAUAAUGAUGGAAAAUCACCACUUAAUUGA